AUGACUUCCACGGUAGUAAACAAUCAACAUGUGAUUCAUGCGGAGUAUAAGCCACUAUCAACAUCAUCGAUCCCUGUAUAUUGGAGCAAUCGAGCAAAGUUUAUUCACAUUGAUUUGACAACUAGCAAUGAUAACUGUAGUGAAGGUAUUACUUUAGCAGGGUUACAAACUGCUCUUUCAAAAUUAUUAUCAAUUCAUAAUGUGGAACUCUACACUGAUUCAUUACGAGAUAGUUAUUUAAGAAAUGAUGAUGCUAUUGAUCCAUUGAUAUUAUCGAAUGAAAUUCUAUUUCUUAAAACACCAGGUUUUCAUCGCAUACCAGUGGCCGAACAGAUAAUUACUAUCAAUAUUCGAACUGUUUGGCAAAAGAUGACACCAUUUACAAUCACAUGUUCAAAUAGGAUCACAACCAAGGAAUUAAAACAAAUGAUUGAAAUGCAAAAUCCAUUGUUGAAGGUAGAACAUCAAAGAUUAAUUCAUGAAGCGCAUUGUGUUGAAAACAAACGCUUAUCGAAUAUUGAUUCAUAUUUAGCUGCAAAAAAGUUAGCUUCACUUGCAAGUUAUCGUUUUUUCGAUGAUGGCCUACUAUUGAGCGAGUGCGGCAUUAAUAAUAAUACAACUUUAUAUGUUGUCCGUUCUAAAUGUACCAGCAGACAGACAACAGAAACAAUUGCAAUGUUUCCAGUCGAUUUACAGAUACAUGUGGUAAAUGUCGGAUCACACUAUGAAGAUAAAAUGAUCACAACAAUCAAUUGUUCAACAGAUACAACAAUCCGGGGACUGAAAUCGAUGAUUUCAAAUCAAAUUAUUGGUGUUGAUAAUCGAAUUAUCGUUUAUGGUGUUCAAAGGUUAGAUGAAAGAAAACGACUAGCAGAUUAUAAUAUUGAAAAUAAUGAUAUUCUAUUUUGUCGAACACCAUUCGUCGGAGAAGUCUUCGUUAAAACUUUAACAGGAAAGACUAUAACAGUUAGCAUUGAUUCCGAAGAAACGGUUGAUUCAUUUAAAUCAAAAGUGGAAAGUAAAGAAGGUAUACCAGUUGAUCAACAACGAAUUAUCUUUGCCGGAAAACAAUGGGAAAAUGAACGCAUAUUGUCGGAUUAUUUCAUAUGCACUGAAUCAACAGUUCAUCUUGUGCUAAGGCUUCGUGGUGGUGAAGAUAAGUCUACGGAAGCUUCAUUUGUUGAUCUAUCAGAUGAAAGUAAAAUUAAAAAAAUUGAAUGGAGCAGCGAAGCUCCACCAUGGCGUACGGCCAAUGUUGGUCUUUGCUUGGAAGGUAAAUGCAAAAAUUCAUCUUGUAAAGCAUUCAAUUGCUCUGUUAUUAUCAAUAAAGCAAUGGGUACAUUUGAUUUUAUUAAUAGUAAGAACACCACUUGUCCACAAUGUCAUGCUCAUGUGGAUGUUCUAACAUGUGCAUUCAAUAAUUGUCAAUGGAGAUGGUCCGGAAUCAAGCGUGAACUGGAAACUGAUCAACUAGUUCAAAUUAGUAAGAGAGAUUGGACAACAGCUGAUAAUAAUUAUAAUUUAUUUGAUUUGGAAAAAGAAAUCGAUGAUGGUGGAGCUAAAUUGGUUACUUGGCAAAAACUCAUCAUUCAGACUAGGAGAACACAAUACAACGAUGACUGUAUUAUAUGUCUGGAGAAAUUUUCAGAAGAAGAACAAUCGCAAUUAACAAUAACAAAGUGUAAGCAUGUAUAUCAUAAGGAAUGUUUACAACAAUGGAUCGAGGCUGGUGGGGAUACAUGUCCAUUUUGUCGGCAAUUUUUGAUUAUAUCUUCCAAAGACGAUAAUUGUAUAACAAAAAAAAUUCAUUGA